ACCAGAUUCUCUCCGUCUCUGCCUCCUCAUCUACAGAUAUACAGACUGAUAUGGAGUCACACAGAAAGCACAACAACAACAUGAUCUGGACUUUUACAGAUAAUGUCAGUAAUAGAAGUAAAACAUGACAGAGAUGAAGGAGAAGAGAUCAUUUUGCUCAGGUCGCAUCAGGCCAGUGUGCGUCGCCCGUCCUCCGCUUUGCUCCAAUCCAGAUCCAGAGCUCCUGGUUUGAAUAUUUAAAAGGUAGCUCUGACAGGAACCUACACAUAAAGGUUGAAUGACGUCAGCAGCGGGUCCAGUCAGUAAAGACAGCAUCUCCUCCUCCCUGCACAGCUGCUGCUGCUGCCGCUGGCCCCUGUGCGUCUGAGGAGGACUUUCAUCCGGCUGUUUUCUUCUGCCCUGCUCUUUUCGGGACUAACACCAUGGGGGGACUGGAUGCGCUCCGGCAGUGUAAUUUUUUAAACUGGCUCCGGGAGGAGAGGCAGUCUAGGAAACUGAUUCUCUUCAUCGUGUUUGUGGCUCUGCUCCUGGAUAACAUGCUGCUCACUGUAGUCGUUCCCAUCAUCCCCAGCUACCUGUACAACCUGGAUGAGUCAUCAGAGGCAGCGCUGAAGAACAACACCCUUCCACAGCCGGGAGCUCCGGGGGCCUUCAACAGCAUCGUGUCUCUGUACGACAACACGGUGAGGUCCUCAGGCUCCAACACCACAGCCAGGUCCGCUGAUCUGAUCCCCACAGCCUCCAUCCCUGCAGCCCCGCCUCAGAACUACUCCGACUGCCCCAAGUCCAACAGCAUGCUGCUCAAUGAGAAUGUCAAAGUGGGGAUGCUGUUUGCUUCCAAGGCCACCGUACAGCUGAUCACCAACCCCUUCAUAGGGCCGCUCACAAACAGGAUAGGAUACCAGCUUCCCAUCUUCAUUGGCUUUUGUAUCAUGUUCAUGUCUACUAUCAUGUUCGCCUUCUCGUCCAGCUAUGCUCUGCUGUUUCUGGCCAGAUCACUUCAAGGUGUGGGCUCCUCCUGCUCCUCUGUGGCCGGGAUGGGUAUGCUGGCGAGUGUGUACACAGACGACGAGGAGAGAGGUCACGCCAUAGGGGUCGCACUGGGAGGUCUGGCAUUGGGAGUGUUAGUGGGACCUCCGUUCGGCAGUGUGAUGUAUGAGUUUGUAGGGAAGACGGCUCCUUUCCUUAUCCUGGCUUUCCUGGCGUUGUUUGAUGGAGCUCUGCAGCUCUUUGUUCUUCAGCCCACCAAGGUGGAACCAGAGACUCAGAAGGGAACCCCACUGCUGACCCUGAUGAAGGAUCCAUACAUUCUGAUCGCAGCAGGUGCCAUUUGUUUUGGAAAUAUGGCCAUCGCCAUGAUGGAGCCGACACUGCCCAUCUGGAUGAUGGAGACCAUGUGUGCCAGGAAAUGGCAGCUAGGCGUCGCUUUCUUACCAGCGUCCAUCUCCUACCUUAUUGGAACCAACAUCUUUGGCACGCUGGCGCACAAGAUGGGGAGAUGGCUCUGUGCUCUCAUUGGGAUGGCAGUGGUUGGCAUCAGUGUAAUAUGUGUCCCAUUUGCCAAAGACAUCUACGGUCUGAUAAUUCCAAACUUCGGGGUUGGUUUCGCCAUAGGCAUGGUGGACUCGUCUAUGAUGCCUAUAAUGGGUUAUCUAGUAGACCUGCGGCAUGUCUCUGUUUAUGGAAGUGUCUAUGCCAUCGCUGACGUGGCUUUCUGCAUGGGAUUUGCUUUAGGUCCAUCCAUCGGAGGAUCUGUAGCCGAGAAUAUUGGCUUCCCCUGGCUGAUGACCAUAAUUGGCGUGGUGGAUAUUUUCUUUGCUCCGCUCUGCAUCUUCCUCAGGAAUCCACAAGGACAAGAAGAAAAAGUUGCCAUUCUGAUGGACACCAACUGUUCAAUGAAGACCAGGUCCUACUCCACACAGGGGACGUACUACCAGGGUGAAGACAUGGACCCAGAGUAUGACGAUUAUGAUUAACAGAACACCGGCCAUGCAGGGUAACCCUUCAGAGGAUAUAUUUUGUUGUACAAAAAAGGAACACAGAGGGGAAAAACAGCCAAGAUAUCUCCAUGUGAAUGUCCCGCGUUCAGUCUUCACUGUCCAGUGUCCUCUUAGCGGUUGUUCUGGGGGAAACCAAAGUUGUUCUUGAUCUAUGGUUGCAAGUGCAUUGUUUGAGAGAUAUAUUUUUAGCCGACCGCCUUAUUCAGUAGAGAGAAGUGUCAAAGAGUACCUUUGGGACAGGAGGAGGGUGCUGAGCAACAAGCACGCUUUGCUGGUUUAUUUGAAACACUCACCUGUCCAGACUCAUAUGUUAGCCAUUACACGUCUCUUGUUUAUCUGCUGUCUGUCCAUGAUUCUGUCCAGAGUAUAUUUACCAGACCUUGGUGUGAAAGUGGGUAUUUAAUUGGAUAAUUGUGUGGUAUAUCAAUAUACUGUUGUUUGUUUGAAAUCCAGGAGGGUUUGUUGGCCCUGUUUAUGGUCUUUGUUGGCAUUGAUACAGUUGCAAAAUUAACAUGCAGAUCAUUUUCCGCCCAGCUGUUCUGGAUGAGCAGUGAGGAGAAGGUGACAGAGGCUGAAGAAGGAUAACAGUGUGUCCUAACAGCAUGCAAGCGUCAGACAUUACGGUGCAUCACGCUGCAAAUGAUGCUGCAUCCGUCAAAUACACACUUCUGUAACAUCCUACAAACCACAUUACUAUCGUCUGUGCUCAGAAGAGCAGCUGGAGGUGCCUGAGAUAGAAGAGUAUUUCUAUCGUCCUGCGUUUGCACUUUAUAAACGGCAGAUAUGGAUAUCAUUGGCUCACCUCUAUCUCUGUUUGUAAAACAAGCUAACAUGCUGCUAAAUCAAUAAACACGUCCUCCCUGAACACACUCAGCCCCCUCCUCCAGCCAGCCAGCUGCCCCUUUAUUAAGGUUUUAGUAAAAGGAGGAAGUAUCACAUAACUCCUCAUCCUAAUGUCAUGAAUGAACCACCCCUCGUCCAUCUCUGCGCCAGUGACAGGAGAGAAAAUAGAAACAGGACACCAGAGUCAAAACAACGUGUCACAUCAUGUCGCGUCACUCAUGGUCAGAUAAAUAGGAAACGAUGUAAUCUGGCGCCUGUCAGCGUCACAUGCUGUUAGGACACAGUGUAAGGAAUGUAUUCUUAAAAACACCACAUCCAUGAUGAGAACAGAUCCUACAUGUUUAGUUUUUAAUUCAUAGAGGACAAAAGUUCAGAGGGAAAGUGAUCAUAAGCUGCUGUUGUCUUGUUUUUCUCCUUUUUUAAAUAAAUUAUUAUUUUGAACUGUUGAA